CUUCUCUCCUAGGUCGCUGUGGAUAACGCGCCUUGUCGUCUGUCCAAAUCAGAGAAGUGCACAGUCCUGUAUAAUUAAGCUUAUUUUGCUCCUUCUUCCUUCUCAAGCCAGCUAUUAGGUUCCUGUGUUUUUGUCUCACCUUACGCCACCAAGAAUUGGCCACCAAGAAUUGACCACCUGUCCAGCCGCGUCUACAAAAUAAUGAGCGCACGCCCUUGAGCCUUGUCACUUCUUCCUCUUAUCUAUCUUAAACUUGUUGUCUACCCGAACUCGGCCAUCACCAUGCGGGCGUCGAAACUUGCCUUCGGCCUUGUUUGCGGUCCCCUCAUCUGCUGUUAUGUUGUUUGUGCUGCAUGUUGCUGUCCAAGCCGUCUUCGCCGCUGUUCAGGAUCCGAGAGCAAAAAACGCUUUGAGAGGCGACAAAAGGUUGCUCCAAGGCCUCUAGCAGUACGACCGCCUGAGAGAAAUCUCACAAUUCCUGUCCCACGCAAAGUACGGCGAAUGUCCGACAAACAUGAAGCCUCCUCGGAAUCUCUUGCGGGAAAAACGCUUGACCAGACCCAAUCGCGAUUGAUGCGCUUGCCAUUUGAGCUUCGUGAAAUGAUCUUCAGAGCCGUUGUUGGCGACAAAACCAUGCACAUAGUUCUGAAAGAGAAUAAAUUAGGCCAUUACGAGUGUCUUACGCCGCACGAGACGUUUUGUGACACAUUUCAGCCGGACCAAUAUCUCAGGCUAAGAGGCUGCGGCCGGGGGACUGUUGACAGUUCAAAUAUAUGGGCGCCGAAUAGGAAGUAUGCGAGGGGUGAUGUCACGGAUGGCGACAUCAUUCCUUUCUUGCAGACUUGUCGACAAAUCUACUCCGAAUCCAUCAAAUUAUUAUAUUCGACAAACACAUUUUCAUUUCAUGAUCUGGAUUGCAUACGGUACUUUUCCUCUACAAUUUUGCCACGCCGCUUUGAACUCGUACAAUCUCUCACCUUGGAAUGGCUUUUAGCCUGGCCGAUUUACGACCCCGUAGGCCAAAAUAUUCUUCUAUCUGCUCCAGCUCUAUAUCCUCCCCAUGACGAAGCAACUUGGGAAGCAACUUGGCGAAUCAUUGCUUCAAUGCCAAAAUUGAAGCGCCUAUUUGUUGGUUUAUUUUAUUUUGAUGGGUUCAGAGAUCCCGAAUUCGAAGCGCAGAUGCUGGCACCGCUGAUGGAGGUGACUCGGCCGAAGGAGUUCAAGCUUUAUCCUACAUGGCAACUAAAAGCUAUUGAAGGUGCGCCGUUUGAGGUAGUGAAUUAUUCCUAGGAAACCUGAAGCUGAAUUGAUGGUGGAGAUGCCACGCUAUCAGCCCUAUGGGUGGACUUCGUAGUUUUUGUGCUCUAGGCAGAGUAUGCAUAUAACUCUGAUGAAAUAAAAAUAUAAU